GUGAAACAGUCAGUCAGAUGCGCCAAGUCAGAGGGCUGACAGGUCGCGGAGUGCGAGCGUGAGAGCGAAAACGAUGAGAAAACUGUAGUAGAUUUCUGGAAUAAGAUAUACGUGCGACAGGCGAACUAGAAAGAAAAUAAAAAGAACAGGCUCGAAGUGCAGUAAAAUAGUGUUGAUAUCGAACAGGGGUGAGAAGGCGUAAAGAAAAGCCUGUAGCGAGUUUUAAAGAACCUCGCGUGCAUACAUAAUAACUAAAGGAAAAACGCAGCACGUAUGUGUAUGCAUAGAUCGUCGUUGCGUCGUGCAUCGUGUGUAACAUACAUACGAACGUACACCGUACGUACGUCGGGUUAAAGAAAAUCAGCCCACCAAUCAAUCCUCGUCGAAAUGAUUAUCUAGCAUUAGCGUAAACUCGUCGUUUUCCUGCGACGGCUGCAGUGGAGUUUCGUGACAAAGAGGAAUCGGUUGGUUUUACGCCACUUGCGGACUGACGGAUUUUUCGAUAUCCUAGGCCAGCUAGCUGGCUAGCCACUUUGAUAAUUACGUGGACCCUGUUGUCGGUCGUCCUACCUUAGUUAAUUAAACAACGAGAGGGUGACUAAUCGUCCUCCAAAGUGCGAUUCAGUGUACUCGGACAGUAAAGAUUAGCAACUUUACAACGACAAAGACAGUGCGGAACAACGUGCAUAAUAAAAAUAAGUGAAAUUAACCUAAAGUUCAGUGUGCUGCUGCGGGUUUUCGGCAAAUCUGACGAACCUGAUUAUCAAUAUUGCUAUCGGUAGUGGAGGUGAAAAAUACCUAAAGAAUAUAUUUCUUUUCCAUCUUUCUUUCUAUCCGUCUAAUCGUGUAUACAGUGUUAAUGUUACGCCGAACGGACUGGAGGAGAAAUAUAAUCCCCGCGAUCGUGUUUACCGUCAUCAUCGCUGUCACAUAGGCAGCAGGCCCAGCCACUCGAUCGGCAAGCUGAUCGGUCGAUACGAUAAUAGUUUUGGAUAUUUAUUUAUUUAUAUUUUAAUUUCUAUUUAUUUUACUAAUUUUUUUUCCUCGUGUUUUGGUUGUUGUUGUUGUUGUUGUUGUUGUCACUAUUAAACAAGAAACAUGUCGUCACCAAGCGCUGGAAAACGACGUAUGGACACCGAUGUCAUCAAAUUAAUCGAAAGUAAACACGAAGUGACGAUAUUGGGCGGUCUCAACGAAUUUUCGGUGAAAUUCUACGGACCGAGAGGAACGCCGUACGAGGGCGGAAUAUGGAAGGUCAGAGUUCAUCUGCCGGACCAUUAUCCAUUCAAAUCCCCGUCAAUUGGCUUCAUGAACAAAGUGUAUCAUCCCAACAUCGAUGAAGUCUCGGGCACCGUUUGUCUCGACGUUAUUAACCAGGCAUGGACUGCCUUGUACGAUUUGUCAAAUAUUUUCGAAUCGUUUUUACCUCAACUUUUAACGUACCCCAAUCCAAUUGAUCCAUUGAAUGGAGACGCAGCCGCGAUGUACCUUCAUAAACCUGAAGAAUACAAGAAAAAAGUAGCCGAUUACGUUAGGAAAUACGCGACAGAGGAAGCAUUACGAGAUCAAGAGAAUGGGGGUACAGGAAAUGGUGUUUCGUCGGACAGCGAAUCGUCGAUGAGUGACUUUAGCGAAGAUGAAGCGCAGGACAUGGAGUUGUAACCAAAUAUCUUAUCACCCGUACCCAUAUCCUUACUCUUAAAGUCCAGAAAAAACAACAUCAAUGAUAUUUUGUUUACAAAACAUAAAGUGCUUAAUUUUUGAUCAUAUAUUUAUCUAUACACAUCCGUUAUUAGUCAUCUAAUUAAUCUUCCACAAUGUGGGAUUCAUCAACGAUUGUGACCGUGACAAUGAUGAUAAUGAUAUCGUCAAUGGCAAUGACAUGAAUGAUGGUAUAUCGUAGAGGAUCACUUGUUAUUUAUUGAACUUGCGUUUUCAAAUCAUCGAUGAUGACCAUCGUCGCGUUUAUUCACUAAUUAACGUCAACCUCACACUAUCGCGCUUUAUAUUAUUCUACGAUAGUGUUGGAUUUAUUGAUCUUAUUGUUUUCCCUUCUUUUUUUUUAUACAUUCGUUUUUUCCCCAUGUUUUUUAUUCGCGCUCGAGUUUUAAGAUACCACAAAAGAAAAUGGAAAAAGAAACACAUAUUUGUAUAGAUUAUUAAUUGUCAGUCACGUUCAUCACUGUUCACAUCACUGAUAAGAGUAAAUGAUAAUUGAUAUUUUUGCUGAAGAGAAAAUGAAAAAUAAACAUAUACAUAUACUACAUAUGUAUGUAUGUUUAAAAAGAAACUAAUCAAAUUUUCGAAACGAAAUUCAAUUACUUUUUAUGCCACAUAUUUUUGAAAUCCUGUGGACUAAUCCUGAAAAAAUCCCCAGCUAAACUCCCAAAGUCAUUUUUAAGAUCCUACGUUAUCCAUCCUCAUCCUCAUCAAGAUUCCUGAAAAAUUUCAAUCACAGGAUGCAAAGCAGCGACGAUACACAGCUGGGAUUUAAAUCUAGCUGCAAACGUCAUCUGAAUGAAGAGAUCGCAACUGAUUCAGCGGCGCCGAAAGCAACUAGAUCUUCCAUUAAAGACAAUUUUACUCUGUGCCGCCUUCAAAGAACCGGUGAAAACAGCCGCAGCGAAGCACCCUUCGUCACGCUUCAUUCUAACAAUAUGGACGUGGACCUGGAUAAUUUUGAUGAGAACAGCGUCGAUGUUAUCAACUGACAUUUUGUAUCUUAAAAUAACUCUGGGCAGGUUUUGUCACUGUUGUGCACAAAAGGUUGUGUCCUGUUAGAAUCCUGAAAAAGAGAUAUCGAACCCCUGAGGUGGUUUAAAUAAUACGAAAAAGAAUCUGAAAGAACAACCCUGAGGGUUUGUCGGCAUCGUUUCAAAUGAAUUUUUUCUCUGACGUGACAGUUGAAUAAAAAAUGUGAAAAAAUUAAAUGAUCGACAAACCAUUUAACGCAUCAUUUUAUCUGGAUACUGCAUUCAUAUUGCUCCGCUCAGAUAUGACGAUGGUAGAUUUUUCCUCUCAGGUUUUAGCAGAGACACCUUUUUGAUGUGACACUGUAAUCGUCAAUCGAAUUUGUAUAUCUAGUUUUUCAUUACUGCGAAAAUAUUCACUCUGUAUCUACUUUCUUUAUAUUAUUGAUAGUAAAAUUCAGACAAUUGAUAAUUAUCAUAUAUUCUUAUGCUUCUUUUACUUUUUAAUUGUUGUAGGUUUAUGUACAUAACAACUAUUAAAGCUAGAGAUAAUCGUAUUGCUGAUAAAUUUUGAAAAAAAGUUGAAAGAAAGCAAAGUACACUGAUUCGCACUUGUUGUCAGCCAUCUUACGUAAAUACAUUUUUAUUAUUAAACAUCAAAUUGGAAAAAUCUGCAUGAAAUUAUUAUACCUACUUUUCUGGAAGAUGUGUAAGUUAUGAAAUUCGCUCAAAUACCUUGUGAUAUAUCACCUACACGUACAGCUUAUACCAAUGAGCUGAAUUUCGUACAACGAACAAACGUUUUCUUUAUUAAUGAAAAAAAUUCUUCGAACCGUCGAUUCUUUGCUGUCUAAAAAAAAUUCUUACUCUUGAAUAUUGUUAUAGAUUCGUUGGAUAAUUUUAUAAUCAUUAAAGUACCAAGGAUUAACUUUCUUACUUUAUUCGUUUCAAAUUUGUACAUUAAGAGCGCAGUUUCUCCAAGUCUCAGGUUGUAUACUUCCUUGAUCUUCUCCUUAAUGUUCAUUUACAAGCUUUACAGAACAAGAAUAGACAUCAUUUUCAAAAUAUGAACUGCAACUGUUUGCUUAACUUUUUUAUCCAACUUUAAUUUCAACUUUCCUAAUCAUACCUUACACUCGAAAAAUUUGUCAAAGCUGUUCGAGCUAUUUUCUUUAUCAUGUUUUUUCUCACUGAUAAUCAAAACAAUAACACUAACGAUAGUAAUUAUUUUUCAAAGUAUUCAAUUUUUCUUUCAUCUUCCUGCAUUGUUUCCUUAUCUAAACGCGACACUCAUCAUCCAUGGUAUUUGUGUGAAAUUAUCUACAACUGUUAGUUGUCCUCUAUUCAAGGCACAGUGGCACAAGCAAACGAGCAGGAUAAGCGUGGCUUGAAGAAUGCCACAUAGAAUGAGUACAUUUACCUUAAGUACCAGAUUUGCAAUGAAAUUUUUUAAUCAGUCACAUAAUAAGGUUUGCUGCAAUACCAUACAGGAUUUCACGUUAUUUCAAGUCAAGUUGUUCGUAUGGUUGAAAGAGGAGAAAUUUCAUAAUUUGGAAAUGACAUUGGUGGACAUAAUUAAGAAUACAUUUAGCUGUUCUUAUUGCUGUUAAUGUUAUUGUUAUCAUUAUUGUUGAUGUUAUUAAUUCUUCAAAUAUGUAACUAAUUCCAGCGGUAUUAAAAUAUGGCAAAGUAAGAUCAUAUUCGUAGAUCUCAAAUAGAUCUCAAUUGCAGCGUAGUUUUAUUAAUGUAUAUACACGUUUAUUAUGUACUGGAAAAUAUCACAUACAAGGUACCAGAUUAA